AUGGUGUUCUUGGAGUUUUUGAUACUUGACGAGAAGAAGUACGCGUUCAACGAUCACUUGCAAUUUAGAGUUGGUGGUCGCGACAUUUCGGCUUCGAUCUAUCCGAUAGUGUACGAUCGAGUGCAUAUCAUAGAUCUGCCUAACGAUUCGGCGUUAACAUGGAUACUGUGCUUUUUCACAAUGGAUCUCAUAUUUUACAUCGGUCAUCGAGCUAUACAUGAAGUUGGUGUGUUAUGGUGGUUUCAUAAAAUGCACCAUUCUUCUGAGUACUUCAAUCUCAGCACUGGUAUACGAGAACCAGCUAUUCAG